GUUUAGAUUUCGUAUCUUAUUCAUUUUACAGCGAUAGUAGAAUGUCUUGCCUCCGAAAUUUCUUAAUUACUCCAAUAUUUUGUAUUGUUGUAGUUAUUGCAAGUUUAGGUUUAUUAAAGUGCUUUUCCCCAGCUGUAAAACCUGAAAUUGCAGAAGAUGGCUGGUGGGCUUUGGAAGAAAAACCGAAAGAUUACCCAAACUUUCUUAAAUUUCAACCAGAAGAAUUCAAAAUUAAGUUUGAAGAUCACAUGAUUAAGGACCUAAAAGAAAGAUUAAGCAAAACAAAAUUUGCUUCACCCUUGGUUGAUACAAAGUUUCAUUAUGGAAUAAAUAUAGAACAUUUGAAAUCAAUUUUACUAUAUUGGCAAAAUGUCUAUGAUUUUAAGAAAUAUGAAAAUGAAUUGAACAAAUUUUCUCAUUACAAGGUUGAAAUUGAAGGCAUAAAAGUUCACUUUUUAAGAGCAAAAACAACUGCAGCUAAAAAUGUGAAGCCUAUUUUACUUAUACACGGAUGGCCUGGAUCUAUUUGGGAAUUUUACAAAAUGAUACCAUUACUUUUGGAAAAUGGAAGCUUCGACAUUAUUUGUCCAUCUAUACCAGGAUAUGGUUUUUCAGAAGCUCCUCACAGACAAGGAUUCAAUGCUCUUGAAACUGCUCGCAUAUUUCGAAAAUUAAUGCAUAUACUUGGAUACGAGAAAUUUUACGUGCAAGGCGGCGAUUGGGGAUCACUCAUUGCCAGUUUACUGUCUGCGGCUUAUCCGAAUAGUAUCGAAGGUAUGCACGUAAACAUGGGGAUACCUGCUUAUGCAAGAAAGUCUGCCCUGAUCAAAUACUACUUGUCACAAUUGUUUCCUAGUUCCUUUUUGGACGAGAUUGACAGUGCCAAAACAACAUUUAUAGGAUCGUUCUUUAAUGUACUACUGGAAACUGGUUAUUUCCAUAUCCAAGGCACGAAACCAGACACAGUUGGUGUUGCUCUACAAGACUCUCCUGCCGGAUUGGCAGGCUAUAUCUUGGAAAAGUUUUCUACUUGGACAAAUAGUUCAUAUAAGGACCUUUUCGACGGUGGACUAACAAAAAAAUUUACACUGGAUGAACUAUUGACAAAUAUAAUGAUUUAUUGGAGUACCAACAGCAUUACAUCAUCUGUAAGAUAUUAUAAAGAAAAUAUUUGCAAUGAAGAUUUACAAUUUCGUUGGAGCUUAGUACCUAUUGAAGUGCCAAGCGGAUAUGCUGAUUUUCCAAAUGAACUUGUUCCCAUAACUAAACUUGGAGUGGAAACAAAAAUUGCAAAUCUCAUUCAUUUUGAACAUAUGGAAAGAGGUGGUCAUUUUGGAGCUUUUGAAGAGCCUGAAUUACUAAGUAAAGAUAUAAUAAAGUUUAUAAACAAAGUUGAACAGCUCAAAAAAGACGAACAAUUAAAAAAUUCUAAAUAA